GACCGGUGCUUCUCUCCAUUGCUUUGGAACAGCUGGGGCUGACCACACGAAGAAAUGUGAAAGUACUCGAGAGAAAGGUGCCUGCUAUUCGGUGAAACAGUGACAUGAAGGUAGUGAAGUCUACCUGAUCCAGUGCUGGUGGUACUGUUAUAUUAUCUCUAGCGCUGCCACACAUUUCAGUAUUUUGUACAUAGUGGCUCUGAGAAGCAGAUAUCCAGUGAUAGAGUGCACAGAACUUGUUGUAUUCUAACACACGUUUUAAUUAUAACACAAUGAGCAAGGUUGUGAUUUACGUUCUGGACAAGAUCGUCUGGAUGCUGCUGAUAACAGCAGUCACCACACAAGCGCUCCAAAUCGCUGGGGUUGUCGACGCCCCUAAGGGCCUUGGAGACAUUUCGUAUAAACAGGACAGUGAAUACAAUUUUCAAGUCCAAGUUGGCAACUCCGACGUCCGUGGCAAAAGGCAAACGGACCAAAGGUCUCCAUUAAUCGACAACAUAUUCAGCAAACAAUUCGGGCAAGGUGAAUACUUCUUCAGGAUAAAUCGGACGAAUGUUAUUACGGCGGUUAUGUAGGACUAAAUUCCGAUUACAACUCUUAAUGCCGUGAAUAAUUUGGUGCAAAAUACAAGGCCUGCAUUUCAAAGUUUGAGGGAAUUUGCUGCGAGGAGGUUCGACAGAGCAAAUAAAGCCGCUAAUAAAAAUCAAACGAGACAGCAAAGGCCGGCCCCCGUUUAUGUGCAUUCGACUGAAGAAACUGUAAAUACACAAUGAUUUUUAACCAAGUUGUACAAUAUUUUAAGCCCCAUUGUUGAUUAUUGUAGAGUAGGUUUUAUUGUGUUAAAAUUUCGUUUCCAUUCUUCAUUGUUGUAUCAUGAAUGUGUAUUUUUAAGUGACGACCUGCGAAGUAUUUAUUUUUAAAUUUGUCGCUUGAUUAGUGAUUAUACUUUUGUGAUAUUUUAUUACCACCGACAAAAAUAAAUUUAUUUUUAUA